AUGUCUACUAAAAAAUAGGUUUAAGGAGGAAAAACAUCAAGAUCUAAUAGCAAAUAAUCAGUCUCUAAUCCUAUAUCUGUAAGAAAACGAUUUUCUUCAUUAUGUUCACCGUAAAAUUUUUGAUAUAAUCAUUGCUAUAGAUCAAACAAUUAAGGACAAUCAACUUGUGUCUUUUGUUAGAAAUUUAAAAAUAAAAAGGUUGAAUCUUAUGCUUCUCUCCUUAAUAAGGCUUUAUUUGCUAAAUAUUCUUCAUCUCAAAAUUACUAUUAUUCAAAGGACAUUAAUGAUAUAAUUGAUGAAGAAUCUACACCAGCAGUUGUAUUUUAUAGAGAUUUGGAAUGUAUAGUAGAGGAAGAAGAAUAUUUGAAAAGGUAUUAACUAUUAUAUUAAAAGAUCUUAUGCUAAAAAGGAAACAACUUCUAAAAUUAAAGCUUUGUUAGAAUACUAUAAAUAUCAUAAAGAUAUACCUAGACUCUUUAUGCAAAAGGUCUAUAUAACAAUUAAUAAGUUUCACGAAAAGAAACGAAGAAUAGAAUAUGCGAAUAUCAAAAGGAGAUUGAAUAUUCCAGAUGAAGAUAUAGUAAAUUUAAUAUCUAAAAAUUUAGUAACAACCAAAAAAAAAGGAGAAGAAGAAGAAAUAACAACAUAGUGAUGAAGAUGUAACUGUGGGUUAGUUGAAACAUUUACUAAAGGAUUUGAAAUUAGAUACAUAUUCCUAUCUCUAAAAAAAAGUUGAUAUCUCAAGUAGUGUAUAAUUACGUGAAUUCGUAUAAUAAAUAGGAUAAAAAUAUGAUUAUCUAGGAUAAAUUUCUGGUUUAUUGUCUAUUGAUUAAAGCAAUAGUUUUCUCUUAAGAUCUUAAGAUCUUUCAAUGAUCAACAAGAAUCUUAAAUAAAAUUAUCUCAUUAAUCAUAAACCAUAAAAAAAUUAAAAUUCUAAAGCUUAAAUUAUAGACUCUAAAACUAGCUAUUAAGGGAGUCUUGAUAAAAUUAAUAUCAAUAGAUUGUAAUUUAACAAUCAAGGAGAAAUAUCUUCUUUAAAAGCUGAAAACUCUAUUAAAGCAGGUGAGUAAACUAAAAGAUCAAAUUAGGAAUAAUCACCUUUAAGGAAUACAUCAUAAUUAUAGACUAUUUAAAAAGUUUAUUCCUAAAUAGAAGGAUUUGUUAAUUUUGUUUAAAAAUAAUAAUAAUCAUUGUAAAAAUAAUAAAAACUAAAUUAUGGCCAAAAGUCAAAUUCGUAAAGGAAAGUCAGUGCAAAUUUUAAUUCAACUGAUUGCUAAUUCAGAAUACCAAGUAGAUAAAAUUCAACAUAAAAGCAAUCUGUUGAUUUAUAAUCAAAUUAAGUUAAUUUCUUGUAAAUAUUUUUUGAAAAUCUAUUAAUAGAAGAACCAGAGUAGCUUCCCAAUUAUAAAAAUACGAUGAUGAUUAUAAGAGUAUCAAACAUGUACAUUUAUAAUCUUAGGUAAGCAACCAUUAGCAACUGAUAGAAUUCAAAGAUAAAGUGUUUAUAAUGUAGGAGAGAAAAUAUAACAGAAAUAUUUAUCCUAAAAUAUGUAGAUUUAUUAUGUAAUUUUAGAUAAAAAAUACCAUAGAAAUUCACUUAAUAUGCAUUAGCAACACUGAGAAAUCUGUAGGUAAAGAAUUUUGAAGUAAAGAAGAAGUAAAUUGUAAAUUCUAACAACAUGCAAGGAUUCACAUUAAAUUCUUAAUUAUUACAUAAUAGAACUAAAUCUUAAGAUGCAAUUGGAAAUUAUAAAACAUCUCCUCCAAAAUAACCUUUAAGACAUGACAACUCAAAAGAUCCAUUAAGAAUUACGAACAAUAUUUGUGUUUAAGCAUCAUCAAAAAAGGGAGGUGGUGUAUAUAAUAUCAACUAAAAUAAUAUAGUUAAUAUUUAUAUUGAAGAUUUGAAAUCUUCUGCAAAAAUAAAGUAAGGUGGUUCGUAAACUGCUCGAAUCAAUAGUCCCUUAAAAAAUAACCCUAAAGGUGGAAUUUUUGAUGUUUAUAACACUUAAAGAUCUAAUUUGAGUCCUGCAAGCAAAAAAAUGUCAUGA